AUGAGUGCGCAGACAGAAAAGACGAUACCUGAUGGCGUCGAGCAACCAUACUCAACGCCCACUUUAGGCAACACUUCGGCGCCCAACGAACAUGAAACCGAAAAUGAACUCGCAAGAAAGCAAAUCAAUGGUGGCUUGGAUGCUUGGCUCAACGUUGUUGCAGGUUUCUGCAUUUUUGCCAACUCUUGGGGAAUAUUGACUACAUAUGGUGCUUUUCAAGAAUACUACCAGACAGUCCUCCUGCCAGAUCAAACGCCAUCAGCAAUCUCAUGGGUAGGAAGUAUUCAAGCCACCUUGAUUCCCAUGGUUGGCCUUGCCACAGGGCCAUUAGUUGAUGUUGGUUACUUGCGUCCUCUCAUCAUAGCGGGCAGUUUCCUGACUGUCUUCGGCUUGAUGAUGACGAGUCUCGCGACCUCCUACUAUCAGGUCUUACUCGCGCAAGGAUUCUGUGUUGGAAUGGGAGGCGGCAUCUCUUACAUCCCAGCCCUCGUUGUGAUCUCCACCAGCUUCACCACAAAGCGCCCGAUCGCAAUCGGCUGUGCGUCGAUUGGAUCUAGUGUUGGGGCUGUCAUUUUCCCCGUCAUGUUCCGCCAGCUCCAGACAAGGGUAGGCUUUGGGUGGGCGGUCCGCUCCAUUGGCUUUAUCAGCUUGUUUCUUGCCAUCAUUGCAUGUACCAUCCUGUGUCGGCAGCCGGGCCAACAGGCCCGCGCAAGAAGCCUUAUUGAUUGGAAGGCCUUCCGGGAGCCUUCGUUCAUGAUGUUUUCGCUGUCACUCACGUGUGUUAUGCUCGCCUACUAUGUUCCGAUAUUUUAUGUCGCUUCUUAUGCCCGAACGGUCGUCCAUACAACUACUAGCCUGGGGUUCUAUAUGGUUGCAAUUGUGAAUGGCUCGUCCGUUAUCGGUCGUAUCGUGCCAUACCUGCUUGUUGCAUACAUCAAGCCAAUUGGGAUUCUGAUAUUCGCCGUGGCUGCCUCGGCGAUUGCUAUGUUCACUUGGAUUGCCGCCACCAGUUCGGCCGGGUUCAUCGUUUGGGCAUGCUACUGGGGAGCUCUUAGCGGAGUUUUGGUGACCGCGCCUACUUCCAUUGUGGCACACCCGGUCUUCUGCCCUGAUUCCACAUUCCUGGGAACUCGUCUGGGUAUGAUGUGGGGAAUCUCAUCCUUUGGAGCUUUGGCUGGAACUCCAAUUGCAGGAUCUUUGGUAAAUCUAGAUGCAGCAGAGUUCCUGCAUGCGCAAAUCUUUGCGGGAUGUAUGAUGGUUGGAGCUGUGUUGCUGCAGGUUUGGCCAAUUUUCAGAGUGAUACGGUAUGAUCGGGAAAAUCCUCGCAAGAAGUAA